CAUAGUCAUGAUAUGAGGCAAGUGGCAUAGAGUCUCUCCAUUGAACACAGGCGGUUGACGUCAACAACCAUCAUCGAAUAUUCAAAAGAGUAUUAAAAUAAUGAGAUGUAGCCAUCCACUAAUCUAAAGAAAGAUUAGUAUUUUUGAUGUUUAGAAAAACAAACCUCAGAAAGUAGGCUACUUACCGAUAUGAGUGAUAAUGUUUUUGUUAAAUGACCAAAUCUCGCAUACUAUAUCCAUAUGCAAAUCAUAACGUUUCUUUGGAACCUGGGUGAUGUAAUGUAUUAUGAGGACAAUGGAUCAUGAAUCUAUAGAAUAUGUGAUAUUACUACAGCUAUGACCAGGGCUUCAAUCAGUUAUAGGUAAAGAUGGAUAGAUUAUCAUGAAUUAUUGUUAGCACACAUAUUAUCUAUCAUAUGUUGCACAAUACCGCCGUCUUCUGGAGAUUAUAGCCGAUAUAUUACAAUCAUGAUAUUAUGACAACACACAAGACAACUCACAAGUGAUCCACGUUGAAAUCCCAAUAGUUCUAAUUCACAUAAUGAUAUUGCUUCACAUCAGAUUACUUUGCAUAAUGUCUUUAAAAAUAUACAUAUUAUUAAUAUUAUCCUCAAACUAUACCAGGUACUGGUUCUAGGCAUGCUCUUAGAAAGGGGGGUUAUUUGGGGUUCUCUAUGGAACUUUUAGGGGUUCCAUACAUGAAGCAAGCGAUAUAACCCUUUUUGGUUCUAUAUAGAACCUUUGUGUAGUCUGGAGGCAUAAUCACCAUUCUGAGCAUGGUCUGUGUGUCUGAAAGAGUCCUGGCCUUGGCGCUGAUCAGGGAGAGCUGUUUACUGAGCCAGGCUGUGCCUCGGCCAACUCUACACAACAAUAUACUGCUCCUCAGCCUUUUGUUCAUGUAUGAGAGGGGGGGGGGAUGAGGGAGAUAGGUAGGAUAAAGAGAGAAUUGGGAGAGAAACAGGCAGAGCGCGAGCGAGAAAGAGGUGCAGAGAUGGAGACAGAGAGAGAGAGAGAGAAGGGUGAGAAAGAGAAGGGUGAGAGAGAGAGAGAUAAUAGUUUCAUAAAAGCCACAUGCGAUCCACGACAUUCUUUCAGCAGUUAUUUUUGUUUCCAUUCCGUCUGCCCAGAAAGUGUUGUUAUGGGAAUAUAACAGAGAGACAGACAGACAUACAUACCAGUAGGAUGACUACGCUGUUUACGUAAUUAUAAACCCACUGAACAAAAACAUAGACAUCUUUGGAAUGAUGUUUUUGUAGGUGCAGUGCAGGUAGUAGCAUAGGCUGCUAUUUGUCCGUGCGUAGAAACAGAUUCAGUUUGGGUGUAGAGAGGAGAACAGCUAGACAGGGGGGGGGUUGAUAAGGAAUCUGAUCAUUAUCUUAUUAUAUUCACCACUGGACAAUUACUAGGGAAGCAAUCUGGAAUGGAAACUUCCUGUGUCCUGUUUCUGUGUGUCUCAGUACGUGUGUCUCAGUAUGUGUGUCUCAGUACGUUGCCUAUUGCCAUUCGUAGCCGGCAUCAUUGUGCAAAAUUGCAUUACGUCACUACAUAAUUCUGGUGAAUUCUCUCGCCCACCAAAACAAGGACUUGACUACAGGCGGCCAGCCAGUCACCCGCCCCGUUAGCUGCAUGGUGUAGUAGAGUAGAGAAGCAUCAUCAGCAUCAACAACAACAACACCGGGAAAUGCAGCUGCUGUAACGGAACUGGUCCCCCACCCACCACCGGCAGAUGGAGUGUGAGCGCGCCACCGCCACGUGACUCGGUCGGUUCGCAUCUGUAGUGUGGCGGAGAAUCUCACUCUGCAUCAUGGCUGCGGAAGAUGUAGCUGCCCGGUCCCGAACCGCCCCCUCUUCCCCAGGGUACCCUUCUCCCCAGCCCGGCUGCUGUUCCUCUCUCUCCUCUCCCUCUGCCUCAUCCCCUCCCCGUCCCUCGCCCUGCUCGGCUUCCGUCCGGAGGAGACCGGGGGAGAGCUGUCCGUGGACGACGGGGUGCUGAAAGCCACGGAGGGAACCCGCUUCAUGCUGCGGGUUUACUACGCCUCAUCCCCACAGAGGCUCAACCGGACCGCUGGGGCCAGAGCCAACGCCGCUCCCUGGAUAGCAUUCAUCGAGGAGCCGAGGCCGGGGAGAGAGGGGCAGGUCCACCCGAAGCGGAAUAUGUGCAUGGAUAAAAACGCCAGGAGCUCGGAUAUUGAGAUCUUGGGCUCUUUCAAGUCCGCUUCGAGUCAGAACUCCGUGUUGGUGGAAGUAUUGGCUAAGAACCUGCGCAGGGGAGAGAAGAUGAAGUACUAUUCGAUUUGCGCCUUCGACGGGUCCAAAUGGGAGCACUACCGGACCCGGGAUUUCUGGGUCGCCGUGGUGGAGCGCGGGGCUGAACCGGACCUCUGGCUUCAAGUGUUAGUAUCGGUUCUGUUACUGGCCCUCUCGGCGCUCUUCAGUGGCCUGAACCUCAGUCUGCUCGCGUUGGACCCGGUGGAGCUCCAGGUUCUGCAGAACAGCGGCACGGACAAGGAGCAGAAAUACGCGAGGAAAAUCGAGUCAGUGCGGCGGCACGGUAACUACGUCCUGUGCACUUUGCUGCUGGGCAACGCGCUGAUCAACGCAGCUCUCGCAGUGUGGAUGUGUCAGAUCCUGGGGAUGACCUGGUUGUCCACCAUUAUCUGCGCGUUUGGGAUCUUUUUCAUUGGGGAGAUCCUGCCACACUCUGUUGCGUCGCGGCACGGCCUGGCCAUUGCGUCCAAAACCAUCUGGGUAACCCGUCUUCUCAUGGUUCUCUCCUUCCCCAUCUCCUACCCCAUCAGUAAACUCCUGGACUUCAUCCUCCAUCAGGAGAUCAGUAACUUUUAUACGCGGGAAAAACUCCUCGAGAUGCUGCGUGUGACCGACCCGUACCACGACCUGGUUAAAGAGGAGCUCAACAUCAUACAGGGUGCGCUGGAGCUCCGGACCAAGACUGUAGAAGAUGUUCUGACUCCGCUAACCGACUGCUUCAUGCUCACCUCGGAAGCGGUGCUAGACUUCAACACCAUGUCGGAGAUUAUGCAGAGCGGCUACACGCGCAUCCCGGUGUUCGAAAACUUGCGGUCGAACAUUGUGGAUAUUCUGUUUGUGAAGGACUUGGCGUUCGUUGACCCGGAUGACUGUACCCAUCUGAAGACCAUAACACAGUUCUAUAAACACCCCAUGCACUGUGUGUUCAACGACACCAAACUGGACGCCAUGCUGGAGGAGUUCAAGAAGGGCAAGUCCCACCUGGCCAUCGUCCAGCGGGUCAACAACGAGGGUGAGGGUGACCCCUUUUAUGAGGUCAUGGGCAUUGUGACCCUGGAGGACGUUAUAGAGGAGAUCAUCAAGUCAGAGAUACUGGACGAGACUGACCUCUACACUGAUAACCGUACUAAGCGUCGUGUUUCUCACCAUGAGAGGAAGCAGCAGGACUUCUCCAUCUUUAAGCUGUCGGAGAACGAGAUGAAGGUGAAGAUCUCUCCCCAGCUCCUCCUCGCCACGCACCGCUUCCUCUCCACAGAGGUGGAGCCCUUCAAGCCAACCCACCUAUCAGAGAAGAUCUUACUGCGUCUCAUUAAACACCCCAGUGUGGUCCAGGAGCUGAGCUACGAUGACAAGAACAAACUGGCCCCACAGCACUUCCUGUUUCAGAGAAACAAACCUGUUGAUUACUUCAUCCUGUUACUACAGGGUCGUGUGGAGGUGGAGUUUGGUAAAGAGGCUCUGAGGUUUGAGAACGGAGCGUUCGCCUACUACGGGGUGCCUGCCAUCAUGCCCACAGUCCACAGAACCCCCUCCCGUAGCAGUGGUCUGGACCGGUCUGACUCUAUGCUGUAUGGGGGCAGUCUGGGCCAACUCAACGGAGGGGGGAGCGUCUACCUGCCUGACUACUCUGUUAGGCAGCUCACACACCUGCAGGUCAUUAAGAUCACCCGUAGCCACUACCAGAAUGCCCUGACAGCCACUCUGAUGGACAGCUCCCCCCAGACCCCCGACACAGACGCCCGGCUCACAGACGGGAACACUCCCGACCUCCCUGUCCCGGAGCAGAGUGGAGACCACCUCCUCCCCCCCAGAGAGACCCGGCCCAGCUCGGCCAGAACCAGAGGACAGCAGUCCUCCGUCCCACACAGCACCUCUCUGCUCAACGAGAAGAACCGCAUCGUCCGCAGUAAAUCAGACGGUCAGAACAGCCCCAGUGACUCCGUGUUCCUCAGGAUGGAUGAGAUCUCGUACAUCAGAGAGGAGCACUCAGAGAGGGACGGCACCAACGACACAGCCUCUGUUGCUAUAGAAACGGACGCCCCCUCCUCUUUCAUCAGUACUCUGUCUCUGAGUGGAUCAGAGGACACACUGGGCAAGAAACUACUGCUCAAACUCAGUCACAAGAAGAGGAAAAAGUCUCGGGAAGGAGACAAGACACCUGAGGAGACAUCAGAGCAGCCGCUGCUCAAGACCUAGCGGUGUGUGUGUGUGUGUGUGUGUGUGUGUGUGUGUGUGUGUGUGUAUGGACUAACUCAAACUAUCAUCAACAGCCUAUUUCCCUCUUUUUGAUCGUUUGUCAGACGUUUCUGCAACGUUUGUCAGACGUUUCUGCAACGUUUGUCAGACGAUCCAGUCACUAGUUGACCACUCAGAUGUCCCAA